CUAUAUAAAAAUAUAAAUGCUUAAGGAAAGUAAAUAUAUCGUUUUAAUAGUGUCAAGUAACAAAAUUAAAACGCUAUUUAUAAAUAAGGAAUGGAAUUAAUUGUUUAUAAACGUUUACAUUGCAGUUGCAAAUGUAAUCAAUGUGUACAUAAUCAAGGUUAUUCAGGGUUUACAACAUGUAAUGUACUAAUAUCAAUCGUCUAGGUUAUAUAUAUGUGUAUUUAGUCGCUCAAAUGGAUUUUUUUUAAAUAAUACGGAUUAGUUAUAAAAAAUCAUUCAACGUUUUCAAGGUCGUUGUUGUAAGGUGGCUUAUUUAAACCAUGUCGGAAGUGUAUAUUUUCGUUCGAAAAGGGCGAAAUGUGGGAAACGCGAAAAUAUUGUAUAAGCUUUGACUUGAUUGUAUUUUCGUAUAUUAGACUUUUCGCCAAACCACAACAACAACGAAAAACGCGACAAAAACAACGCAUUUAUAGAGAAAACAAACACGACACAUUUGAUAUGUCGUUCAUGUUUACUAUUGUUUGUUAUUUGUUCAUUUUAACAUUGUUUUGUUUUCUUUAUUUCGACCUUGUGCAUUGUAACCAUAGCAAACAAAAAUACACCAAUUUCAUUAUAUCGCACAAUAUACCAUAAAUGCGUGGGAUGUGGCGUGGUGCAAAAUGCAAAAGCUUUAACUUCCUUUAAUUAAGCAUUAACAAAACAAAAACCAAAACAAAAUAAAAUAUUCUCAUGCGACAUGGUUCAAAUAAGUCACCAUAUUGCAGUGUUGAAAGCUGUUUGCCUUUAGUAUGGAAAAAGAUUGAUUUGUUCUCCAAUAUCUAAAUACAUAAUUACUAAAACGUUUUAUACGAAGUAUUACGAUGCGUUAGCAUUAACUUGCCGCUUCACGUGAAUAUAAUAGUAAUAACCAUGACUCAGGUGUGAGUGAGAGGGACACUUUAAUUUGGAAGCUAAGUUAACUAUGGUAGAGGUUCGAGCUAACGAAGGAUGGGGUUGGGUUGUCGUAAUAGGAGCAUUUUGUGCCCAUGCAAUAACUUACGGAAUUAUUUAUUCAUUCGGAAUAAUUUUCAUUGCUUUGGAAGAAAUAUUUGAAGGAAGUAAAACAGAAAUAGCGUGGAUACCGUCACUUACUACAGGGCUUCUACAUUCGUCAGGUUUACUAGCAAGUAUACUGGUCAAUAAAUUCGGAUGUAGAAUAGUGACCAUUGUUGGUGGCAUAACUUGUACUAUUGGAUACGUUCUAAGCAUGUUUGCUCCAAAUAUUUAUUAUCUUUACUUAACAAUGGGUGUUAUUGCAGGAUGUGGAUUCGGGAUGGUGUUUAUGCCUGCAGUGUUAAUAGUGACACAAUAUUUUACCAGACUAAGAUCAGUUGCAUGUGGUAUAGCUCUGUCAGGCUGUGGUAUUGGUGUUUUCAUAUUCAGCCCAGUUCUAAAGCUUCUAUUGGAUGAUUAUUCAUUGAAAGGAACUUUGCUGAUAUUGUCAGCCAUAACUCUAAACUAUAUUCCUUGUGGUUUCGUCUUCCUCCCGCUAUCUCAGAAACAAGGACAGCAGCCCGUAACAACCCGUCAGAAAUAUGACAACCCUGAUGAAUUUGACUCACUUAUGGACCACGAUGGAUCAGGGACAGAUGUGAAAGACAAAGUUCUUAUGGAAAAGGAUGAACCUGAGUCUUACAAACACCUGAGAGCUAUAGAUCGGCAUGGAUAUGAUGGAUAUAAAAUAACAUUAACAGCUAAUUGUAGUGAGAAAGUAGGGGACAUUGUUGAAAUAUUUGACCGUAAUGAAGACGUAGCCAAUGGCGUCAUUGUUAUUGAGCAGUGUCAUAAAAGUCACAUAUCUCUCUCUACAGACACAUCGGGGUCUUUACUUAGAAAGUAUUUGGUUCUUCUAAAGAGCAAAAAGUUUCUGUUAUUUUUCGUCUCACAGUUUCUAUUCAUUUUUGGAUUUUACCUACCUUUUAUAUUUAUACCGGACAAAGCGAAAGGACUUGGAAUCAGUGAAAAUAGUUCGGCAUGGGUGGCGUCCGUCAUUGGAAUAAUCUAGUAUAAUUGGG